GUGUGAAGUUGCCAGCGCGCGCCUCCCAUCUGCAUGCCGUAAAGGAGCACGCGAAAGUACUCUCGAUUUUUCAGGAGGAGCCCUGUGAUUAUGCUUUUCAUUCAGUGAGAGUGAGUCAUUAAGGAAGACAGAGUUCUUGGUUGACAUAGGAAUGAGGAGCAUCUCGGCUGAAUUUUCAUGCACAAGAUCAUUAUGAUCCUGCACUCAGAGAAUGUGUGUUUCUGCUUUCAGUUAUUUAAAUUGAUCUACAUGACCAGCCCAUUUGCUGCAAAAGAAUUGGCCAAAGGGAAUGUUUUAAUAUCCACUACAGGAGUGUGAGCAGCACUGCUUCUGCAACAAAGCCUCAAGUUAACCUAUCUUGGAAGAAUAUGGCCAUGCCCUGGGGCACAGUCUUUUUCAUGCUGAUGAUAUCCUGUGUUUGUAGCACUGGUUUCUACAGAGACCAGAAAACUUGGUUUGAGGGCAUCUUCUUGUCUUCCAUGUGCCCCAUCAAUGUCAGUGCCGGCACCUUUUAUGGAAUUAUGUUUGAUGCUGGGAGCACUGGAACACGAAUUCAUGUUUACACCUUUGUGCAAGAACUAUCAGGACAGCUCCCUUUCUUGGAAGGUGAAAUUUUUGAGUCUGUGAAGCCAGGACUUUCUGCUUUUGUAGAUCAACCCAAGCGAGGUGCUGAGACUAUUCAAGGACUCUUAGAGUUGGCCAAAGACUCCAUCCCCAGAAGUCACUGGAAAACAACCCCAGUGGUUCUGAAGGCAACAGCAGGACUUCGCUUACUGCCAGAACAGAAAGCCCAGGCUCUGCUCUUUGAGGUGGAGGAGAUCUUCAAGAAGUCACCUUUCCUGGUCCCAGAAGACAGUGUUAGCAUCAUGGAUGGGUCCUAUGAAGGCAUAUUAGCUUGGGUUACUGUGAAUUUCCUAACAGGUCAACUGCAUGGCCAUGGCCAAGAGACUGUGGGGACACUGGACCUUGGGGGGGCCUCCACCCAAAUUACAUUCCUCCCCCAGUUUGAGAAAACCCUGGAACAAACACCUAGGGGCUACCUCACAUCCUUUGAGAUGUUUAACAGCACUUUCAAGCUCUAUACACAUAGUUACUUGGGAUUUGGAUUGAAAGCUGCAAGACUAGCAACUCUGGGAGCCCUGGAAACAGAAGGGAUUGAAGGACAUACUUUCCGGAGUGCCUGUUUACCAAGACAGUUGGAAGCAGAGUGGAUUUUCGGGGGUGUGAAAUACCAGUAUGGCGGCAACCAAGAAGGGGAGAUAGGCUUUGAGCCCUGCUACGCCGAAGUGCUGAAGGUGGUACAAGGAAAACUUCACCAGCCAGAGGAGGUCCGGGGAAGCUCUUUUUAUGCUUUCUCCUACUAUUAUGAUCGAGCUGCUGAUACACAUUUGAUUGAUUAUGAAAAGGGGGGUGUUUUAAAAGUUGAAGAUUUUGAAAGAAAAGCCAGGGAAGUAUGUGAUAACUUGGAGAACUUCUCCUCAGGCAGUCCUUUCCUGUGCAUGGAUCUCAGCUACAUCACAGCUUUAUUAAAAGAUGGCUUUGGCUUUACAGACAGCACCCUCUUACAGCUAACAAAGAAAGUGAAUAACAUAGAGACAGGCUGGGCCUUAGGAGCCACCUUUCACCUGUUGCAGUCUCUGGGCAUCUCCAACUGAAGCCAAGUACUUCCUCCAAAGCCUGCAUUUGUCAGUAACCUUUUUAAGGGGAGAAGCAGCAAUGAUUCUGGUAUUUUUUUGAACUACUGUGGUGACAGCCUGGACUGAAACCCAGAAACUGGCUUUAUCAGGAGGAAUAGGUUUUUGUAAAUGAGCCUUGACCCUAGAGCCUAAAGAUUUGGGUUUAAUCAAUUUGUACCUCUAAUGUGAAUGACUCUGUAACCACUUAGCAGGGUGCACAGUUGGCACUACAAUGUAUUAGAGAGUCUUUGUGUGUCACAGAGAGCCCUGUGAGGGCAAGGAGAAGAAAAAAAGCUUUCGAAUUCCACGUUAGAGAGCUCAGGUACAGGUCCUUGGGAACCAAAGAAAAAUCUCAUUUCAACCCUUGGAGUGCCUCAUUCCUUUGAACAUUUUAAUUUCCUAUUUAAUAAGAUAAAUUGAGCUGAUUUACUGCAAUCCUAUAACCUAUCAAUACUAUUUUCUUCCUCAAACUUUAUAUUACCUACCCUAAAAACAUAACAAAAAAAGUAAACCUGGUUUUGCUUUCUGCCUGUAAU